AAUAAUUUAAAUUUAGGAAGGAAAUGAAAAACAAAAUUGUUGCCUUGCCUCCCCAAGACGUUAUGAAAGAAGAUCAGAAAGAGCGAAUGAAAGCAAAGAAUCACAAUGUUUCUCGAGAUCUACAGAAGGCAUCCAGAAUUUGGGAUACUUUCUUCCACAUGAUCAUCAAAUUCAAGCUGUACAGACUUCAGACCAAAGGGGCUGAAUCGCAAGGCAAAUAAACUUAUUCUAACAAUAUUUGGAAAUCUAAGAGACUUCUUUUUGAAGUAUUUUGAUGGCCUCAAAAAGAAUGCUCAAAUAGACAAAAUGAAUAUGAAAGAUAUACAGAUUGUCGAGAACAACAUUGAAUUCAUAUGCUGAAAGAUUCAGGAAUACAAAGACAAACUAGCAAAUAUGACCAAACAAGACAAGGAACUUUCCUGUCUAAUUGGGGGUACUGAGCACAAGAAAGAUUACAUUGACUUAGGCCAAAGCUCUAGCCUGAAUAAAAUGAUAACUCAAACACUUGUAGGAUGCCUUCAUCUAAAAACAAACUUUAUCAAUAAAAGAAGAUUGGUUCUUUGAAUACAGGAGCAACUUCUGCUCUCAGAGUCAGUCAUAACUCAGGAUUGGCAAAGCUAUAAAAUUCCUGAAACUUCAGUUCACUAUAUUCUCCGAAAUAGUCUUGAUAAUCACUAUGAGUAUCCUUGUGGAUCAGAUGUAAACAAAGUUCUUGUGAGUAAGACUCUCUGACUUCUGCCUUACUUCUUCUCCAAAGAUGCUAUAAUACCUGGAUAUACACUUCCCUUCAGAGAAUAUGUCUAUCCUGAGGAAGAAAAAGAGGCCGAUUCUCUCCCAAAAAACACCAGAAAUAUCAUCCCAUCUAGCCAUUUAUUCAUGAUGAGAAAGUCUCUGCACAAAGAUCUAAAAGGCAAAGAAGAUAGGUUUGAGGACAACAGAUUCUGGCUUAAAUUUGGAGAUAAAGUCCUAAAAAUUACUACCCACAUGCUUAGUCAAUACGUUUCCCUCCUCUCUAUGCAAGCUGAAGGAAGUACAAAAGGCAAUGAAAUGGAGAUCUUAGGAUGAAAGAUAUAUAUCAGCGAAGCCAGAAGAGUUAACUUUGUUAUCGAUUUGAGAUAUUUAAGCCUUAUAAUACAAAAUUAUACCAUCCUGUUAGCUUAUGCUAGCACUUUCUGAACAAAUGGCAUUUUGAAUUAUUAUUUUAACAGCAUAAUUUACAGUCUAAAGAAUCAAGUUGCCAUAAUACUAAAACUUGAAGUGUGCUUAUCUAUUCCACCAGAAUCAGACCUUUCUAAUCCUUUCUGUGAGAUGUUCGAACUUAAAUCUGUUGAUAAUCUGUCAAAGUAUCUGACUUCAGAUCCACCUGUAUCUCCUCUAGACUUUAAUCACCAGUUAUCAGCCUUUAAUAAUUUCAAUGCUGAUAUUUCAGAGAUCGAUCAGACCCAAAAACUAUCAAAACUGAAUUUCCUUAUCACAGGAUCUAAAGAUAACUUAAAUUUUGAAAUCGAAGAUCUUAGCCGCUUUAUCCAAACCAGGCCAUCUCCAGAAGAAUUCAUCUUUAUGGCCCUAAGCGGCCUGACAACAAUCACCGAAGUCCACGAAGAACAAACAUCAAAAUCCAAACAUCUCGAAAGAACCAUCGCACAUACCAUUCUCAAAAUAACCCCACAGCUGCUGACAUGCCACCAGGAAAGCUUAAACCUGGGCAACUUGGCAGAAAGCCCUCUCCUUGAAGACAGUGAAAACCCCCUGAAUACUUCUUCAUAAUCAGAGUGGAUGUAUAAUUCAUGGUAAUCAAUAGUCUUGUUGUUCGAAAGUUAUGAUCUCAGAGGAAGGGCAUAGCAGUUCUUAGGUUUCUACUAGGUCAGUUUUCUCAUUAUA